AUGAUCCGUCAAGAGUUCUCACGCAUAGACCCCAAGCGUCGAACGACGCUCCACCAUAGCAAGAAACAAUUCGCGACCCCGACGUACAAGGAGCUGGAAUACAAGCACCGAUUGAACUUCUAUGCCACUCCUCCCACGGCGGACAUCACUUUGGAGCAGUUUGAGCAAUGGGCGAUCGACCGGCUGCGCGUGCUGGCGGAGUUAGAGGCGUGCUCGUUCCGCAACAAGACACCCGCCGAGACGGCGGCGCACAUGAAGCCGCUGCUAGACAAGUACCUGCCGCUGAGCUCGAGCACGAGCGGGAGCACCGGCCUUCAUGCGGAACGGCAGAAGGACCACUACUCGCACUUCAUCCUGCGGUUGGCGUUUGCGAGCACAGAGGAUCUGCGCCGGCGGUUCUCGCGGGUCGAGACGAUGCUGUUCCGGAUCCGAUUCCAGGCGGAUGAUGCGCGGGAGAGGAAUGCGUUUGUGGAGAGCCUGGCACUGGACUGGGAGACGGUGGGAGAGGAAGAGAAGAGAGCGUUGGCAAAAGAGUUGAGAGAUAGCGGUGGUGGGUAUCCGAAGAUGAUUGAGGAAGAGAGUUAUUUCAAGGUGGACUGGGAGAGGGUGCCAGAGUUGGUGGAGAGCAGGAGGGUAUUUUUGAAGGGUGGGAAGGCGUAUGUUCCGGGUAGGGAGCAGCUGAGUAUGGUUGUUGCGGAGUUUACGCAGCGUCUAGAUAAGGCUCUUGAGCUCACAUCUCGUGCUUUACCACGUCUCGAUGAAGAUGACCGCCUGACGCCUAUCCUAAAUCACCUCUCGCAAAACUUCACGACGCCUGACGCCUCCUACUCCUCCACUACUUCAUUACCUGGGGCUGAUAUCUCAGCUCGUAACAUCGAUACACUCUCAUCCUCCUUCCCUCUCUGCAUGCAGAAUUUGCAUCGUUCCCUACGCCGUGAUGCACACUUAAAACACUACGGGCGUCUGCAAUACACACUUUUCUUGAAGGGCAUCGGGCUCAAUCUCGAAGAAUGCCUCAUCUUCUGGAGACAAGCCUUUAACAAGAUCACAGACGACACGUUCAACAAGGAAUAUCGAUAUAAUGUGCGCCAUGCGUAUGGGGAUGUUGGGGGAGAUAGCAAUAGGCGGGGCAAUGGAUAUAGUCCUUUCAGUUGCCAGAAGAUCCUCACAGAACAUCCACCUGGGCCUGGAGAGGCGCAUGGAUGUCCAUAUCGUCACUUCUCGGUAGAUAACCUAAUGAAUCUCCUGAAUGCGGUAGGGGUGAAGGACUCCGAGGUCCUCCGGGGAGUCAGGGAGGACAAGGAAAAGAUGAAGUUCCAUCUUGCUUGUAAUAGAGUGUUCGAAUAUGCGCACAAGCAGGAAAUCAAGAAAGUCAAGGAUGACGGGACGUGGGGCGCGGCUCAGCUCGAGACGAUCGUGCACCCGAACGAGUAUUUCAAGCGGAGCUAUCUGUUGAAGAACCUUGGCAAGAAGCAGGGGGAGGAUGGGAGUGGGGAUGUGAAAAUGGAGGGAUAG